CAAAUUUGGUGUUCGAAGGAAGCUGUAGCAUAAUUUACAGGAAAUUAGUUAUCUUAACUUUUACUGUUUUUGUUCAAUUUAUCAUCCAAUUCCAAUUCUCCCCCCACUAAGGAAAUGGAGCCUUGGGAGUGGGACGCCUCGUCACUGGAACUGUCAUUUCAACACAGGGUCGUAGCUUCUGAGAAAUAUCAUCUCGGAAUUGCUUAACAAAAAUAAUUAUUAAAUAAGUAUUUAGCAGUGUAAUCGUUUCACUUGACAGAACUAUAACAAAUCCAUAUUAUAAUGAAAGCAUACCGGUCACAGCCCGGUUACAUUUGUUCCAGCCGUUAGCGUAGCGGCAUGUUGUUUGACCUUGCAGCGAUAACGGCACGCAAGUGUCUACAGCAGACUUGAGAGGACAAGACAAAAGAUCCCGCGCUGUACAAGAAGAAAGUUGCACCAAAAUGGCUCCACUCAGUGCUCGCAUUGGCCCAUCGAUUCUUAAUGCCGAUCUGUCCCAGCUGCACGAGGAAUCGGAGAAGCUGCUCGCGAACGGUGCCGACUAUCUGCAUUUGGACGUGAUGGACGGUACCUUCGUGCCGAACCUCACCUUUGGCCAUCCGGUGGUGAAGUGUUUGCGAAACAAAAUCAAGGAUGCAUUUUUCGAGACGCACAUGAUGGUGCAGAAUCCCCAGCAGUGGAUUGAACCGAUGGCCGAUGCCGGUGUGCAGCAGUACACAUUCCACAUCGAACCGGUCCUCGAUAGCGUAGCGGACGUCUGCAGGAAGGUGCGCGAGUCUGGCAUGAAGGUCGGGCUGGCGCUCAAACCGGGCACGGCGGUGGAAGCGGUCCAGCAGUACAUUGACAGUGCGGACAUGGUGUUGGUGAUGACGGUGGAGCCCGGCUUCGGGGGACAAAAGUUUAUGGCCGAUAUGAUGCCGAAGGUUCAGUGGCUAAGGGAGCACUACCCUGCCCUAGACAUUGAGGUUGACGGUGGUGUUGGGCCGGCCACGAUUGAGCAGUGCUCAAAGGCGGGUGCCAAUAUGAUCGUUGCCGGAACUGCGAUCAUACGGGCCGACGAUCAGGCGGCAGUGAUUCGCGAUUUGAGAAGUGCCGUGCAGAGUGCUAUUAAUCAUGGAGGACAAUGCUAAUCACUGGCCGCACGCAAUAAUACGCUAAAUAUACCGAUUUGCUAAAAAAAUGUUAAAAA